UGGCCUGAACUGUGAAUUCAACUGCGAAAUCGUGUCCGGGUGGAGACAACGUAGUUCCGACGUAGUUCCGGCUCCACAGAUUCUUCUUCUUCGAUCAUCACUGUCGUCUUUCUCUUCGAGUGCACCUCGUCCGAGCUGAUCUCAGGGCGCAUCAUCAGCGGUUGGUUGUUCAGGUACAUCCAUCCGAUCGAGGAAUAGCGGAAUGUGGGUUGUGAAGUUCACUUCACGUCAGCUCGAGUUCCGAGGCUCCGAGUCCAUGUGCUGACAUCGCUGCUGCUGGCGUCGAGGGCUCGCGCAGAGAAGCUCUGUUCCUUGGUCUUGAACGAUAGGCUGCUCGCUGGUUUGGCCGAAGAGCUAGCUCGCUUGCUCGCUCGCUCGCUCAGCAGCGAACGGAAGGAUGGCGGUGCAGCCAACGCCCUCGUGGCUCAGAUCGUACGCUGUAAUUUUUACCUCUCUUCUCGCUGGGGCCUCCGUCGUCCACAACAUCCUCAAGCCUGAUCUGACCAUUCCAGAUCUGGAGAAACUGGAGAAUAGCUCAGCGGAGGAGGAUGGUAGUUCACAACAGGUGGAGAUGACGAAGCCAGCCACCACUUGAGAGUGGUGGUGGACCGAAUUGGAAACGUGGCGUAACCCUAAAUCCCUGUGUUUGGACCCUCGAGACAACCCUAAAUUGGCGACGAUUUGAUGAGUGACAGAGGAACUGCAACUUUAAUUGCUGCAUCGUUUCCAAGUGGAGAUCUUUCUCAAAAGAGAGUACAUUCGUGAUUCGUGACCCAUCGAUGCAUCCAUCCGUCAACUAAUCGAGGAUCCAAGUCUUCGAGCGUUCGAAGCAGUGUUUUUCCGAUGGCAUGCACCCCAGACGACUACUUCUGAUACCAGUGCAUUCUUAAGCCAGUGUAUCUACCUGCAACGUUAAUGUAUAUUCAUUUCCGAGGAUGUCAAGUAAGGGUGCUCAAUUUGGGGUCGGUCUGUACAUACGAGUACGUUAUCCCGUGUAUGACUGAUUUGGUCCCUUACAAAGUUGAGUUUCAUGAUGUACACGAAACAGGGUCUGGAUUAGAACCAGGAAAUGUGACAGUUUCUCGUUAAGAUUAAAGUCCGCACCAAUUCACCAAUUCAAAGAAUUUUGACUCGAUUCCACUCAACAAGAUCUUUUCGAUUAGUGUGUAUUUGAAACUUCAUUAGAAUAAUCAGAUCUU